UUCCUGGUUUGGGAAGUGGCUAAGGUAAGGCUCCCAAGUAGAAGCCUCAAAACUCAAACUCUCAACAUUGCCAAGCCAUGGCGAUCCUAACGCUUCCCUUGGCUAUCUCUUUUCUCAAACCCCACGGAACUCACCUCUCCCUACUCCGCACGACUACUACCCGUUUCUGCCGGCUUCUAUCGUUUGACCGCCGGCGUCAAUUCCUCAGAACCACCGUCUCUGCAACGACUUCCGCCGCCAAUCAGCAUCAUUCGGCGAUACCUAACAGUGAGAACCGAAAAGCCUCCGUCCUUACUUUUCAACAAGCCAUCCAGCGACUUCAGGAAUAUUGGGCUUCUGUAGGAUGUGCCAUUAUGCAGUGCAGUAACACAGAGGUUGGAGCUGGGACUAUGAAUCCGCUUACAUUCUUAAGGGUUCUCGGACCAGAGCCUUGGAAUGUGGCGUAUGUGGAGCCAAGUAUCCGGCCAGAUGAUAGUAGAUAUGGGGAAAACCCUAAUAGGCUCCAACGUCACACACAGUUUCAGGUUAUAUUAAAACCUGAUCCUGGGAAUUCACAAGAUCUCUUUAUUCGUAGCCUAUCAGCUUUAGGUAUUGAUGUUAGCGAACAUGAUAUACGAUUUGUGGAGGACAAUUGGGAGAGCCCGGUACUUGGUGCUUGGGGUUUAGGCUGGGAAAUCUGGAUGGAUGGGAUGGAAAUCACACAAUUCACUUACUUCCAGCAGGCUGGAAGUCUUCAAUUGUCACCAAUAUCUGUUGAAAUUACUUACGGCCUUGAGCGUAUCCUCAUGUUACUUCAGGGAGUUGAUCAUUUCAAGAAAAUUCAAUAUGCUGAUGGCAUUACAUAUGGGGAGCUAUUCCUGGAAAAUGAGAAAGAGAUGAGUGUCUAUUAUUUAGAAAAUGCCAGUGUUCGCCAUCUUCAAAAACACUUUGAUCUUUUUGAGGAAGAAGCUCUUUCCUUGCUUGCUUCAGGCCUUGCAAUCCCUGCGUAUGACCAGCUUCUGAAGACCUCUCAUGCUUUUAAUAUCCUAGACUCUAGAGGAUUUGUUGGAGUAACUGAACGUGCUCGAUAUUUCAGUCGGAUGCGUAGCUUAGCUCGUCAAUGUGCCCAACUUUGGUUGAAGACACGGGAGUCCCUAGGACAUCCACUAGGCAUUGCUUCUGAACCUGGUCAUUCUGUAUUCCCUAGAGAGGCUAUGGAGGAAGCUGCAGCAAAGGUUCAGGAUGUUCCAAGGUUAUUUAUUCUUGAAGUUGGUACCGAAGAGAUGCCACCUCAAGAUGUAGAUCACGCGAGCCAGCUUCUUAAAGAUCUCAUUGUACAGUUACUGGAUGGACAAAGACUGGGCCAUGGUGGGGUGCAAACUUUUGGCACUCCUCGAAGAUUAGUGGUUUGUGUUGAAAAUCUGUGUGCUAAGCAAGCAGCGAAUGAGGUUGAGAUUCGAGGGCCUCCUGUUGUGAAGGCUUUUGAUAAUCAAGGAAAUCCGACAAAGGCUGCUGAGGGUUUUUGCCGUAGAUACAGUGUCCCAUUGGACUCGUUGUUUAAAAAGGUUGAUGGUAAAACAGGGUAUGUUUAUGCUCGUGUGAUGGAGUCUGCUCGAGUUGCUUCGGAGGUGCUUGCUGAAGAUUUGCCUGGAACCAUUGGUAAAAUAUCUUUUCCAAAGUCAAUGCGUUGGAACUCCCAGGUUCUAUUCAGCAGACCUGUCCGUUGGAUUAUGGCCAUCCACGGGGAAGUGCUUGUUCCCUUCAUGUUUGCUGGAGUCUUGAGUGGAAACCUUUCUUAUGGUCUGCGUAAUACUCCUUCAGCUACAGUCAUGGUAGAAAAUGCUGAAUCUUAUGCAGAUAUUAUCAGAAAUGCUGGAAUUACCAUUGGAAUUGAGGAUCGUAAGAAUUUAAUCUUGGAGCGUUCUGUCAUAUUAGCAAAUAGUGUCAAUGGACGCGUUGUUAUCCAGGAAAACUUACUUAAUGAGGUUGUCAAUCUUGUUGAGGCACCUGUUCCAGUGCUUGGAAAGUUUGAUGAGUCAUUUUUAGAGCUCCCAGAGGAUCUUUUGACAAUGGUUAUGCAAAAGCACCAAAGGUAUUUUGCUGUCACUGACGAUAAUGGAAGGCUGAUGCCAUACUUUAUUGCUGUGGCAAAUGGAGCUAUCAAUGAGAUGGUAGUUCAAAAAGGAAAUGAGGCUGUACUCAGAGCUCGAUACGAAGAUGCAAAAUUUUUCUAUGAGUUGGAUACACGUAAAAAGUUCUCAGAAUUCCGAAGCCAACUAAAAGGAAUUCUCUUUCAUGAGAAGCUAGGAACAAUGCUCGAGAAGAUGACGCGUGUUGAAAACAUGGUUGCUGAACUAAGUGUGCACCUUGGAAUUGAUCAAGAUAUGCUUCAAACUGUCCAGGUUGCUGCGUCACUUGCCAUGUCAGAUCUUGCGACCGCGGUUGUUACAGAAUUCACUUCGCUCUCGGGAAUAAUGGCCCAGCAUUAUGCUCUUAGAGAUGGCUAUCCUGAGCAGAUUGCAGAGGCGCUGUUUGAUAUCACACUUCCUAGAUUUUCAGGAGAUAUGCUCCCUAAAACGGAUGUUGGAAUAGUUUUGGCGAUUGCUGACAGAUUAGAUAGUCUUGUUGGCUUAUUUGCAGCGGGUUGUCAGCCUACUUCUGCUAAUGAUCCAUUUGGCAUACGAAGAAUAUCUUAUGGUCUUGUUCAAAUUCUAGUAGAGAAGGAUAAAAUUCUGGAUUUGGAGCGUGCUCUAAAACUGGCUGCCAAUGUCCAACCCAUCAGUGUGGAUGCCAGCAUUGUGGAAAAUGUACAUCUCUUUGUCACUCGAAGAUUAGAGCAAUUUCUGGUUGAUAAGGGGAUAAGUCCAGAAAUUGUUCGCUCUGCCCUGGCAGAGCGUGCAAACUUUCCUUCUUUGGCAGCAAAGACAGCUUACAAAAUGGAGACAUUGUCAAGAGGAGAGCUCUUUCCAAAGGUUGUUGAAGCAUAUUCACGUCCAACAAGAAUUGUCAGAGGAAAGAACGUUGAUGUUGAUGCAGAGGUGGACGAGGCUGCAUUUGAGACAAAUGAAGAGAAAGCUUUAUGGAACACUUUCUCGUUGAUAAGAAAUAAAAUUCAUCCUGAUGUUGAGGUCGAUGAUUUUGUUGAGAUAUCGUCACAGCUACUACAACCACUCGAUGAUUUCUUUAAUAAUGUAUUUGUGAUGGUGGAAGAAGAAAGAAUUAGAAAUAACCGGCUUGCGCUACUUAAGAAAAUUGCAGACCUCCCAAGAGGCGUAGCGGACCUCUCAGUUUUGCCUGGAUUUUAGAUAAGUCAUUUUUGUCUGAAUUUAAUAAGACUUAACAAUGUGGGGGAAAAUAGAAGAAUAGGUGAGAGUAUCUAAUUUAUGUUCUUUAUUCUUUUGCUAUCUAUUUGCACACAAACUAUUAUUGUAACCAUAUAAACUAUUUGAAAAAAUUUUACAGCUUCCUCUC